AUGGCGUAUGAUUCUUCGCAGCUAGUUUCCGCCGAGUUCCCUUUCGAGAAACGCAAGAUAGAGAUCCUUGGCAGUCAAAUUGCUUAUGUUGAUAUUGGUUCCUCUGAAGGGUCUGCCACCAUCUUCUUGCACGGUAAUCCGACGUCGUCCUAUGUGUGGCGCAACAUCAUCCCACACGUCUCUGGCGAGAGUCGCUGCGUGGCACCAGACCUGAUAGGAUUUGGUGACUCAGAUAAGAUUGCUGGGCUUGAAUACAGAGUUGCGGACCACCAGCGAUACUUGGAUGCCUUUCUUGAUGCCGUACUACCUACCGAAAAUGUUAUCCUUGUUGUCCAUGAUUGGGGUUCAGCACUUGGCUUUGACUGGGCACGCCGCCAUGAGGAUCGUGUUAUCGGUCUCACUUUUUUUGAGUUCGUGCUUCCCGCACCAGAUUGGGAUGUGUUUCCACCAGCUGUCGCCGAUAACUUCAAACCAUUUCGGGAUCCCAAACUUGGGCGGGAGCUGCUUAUCAACCAAAAUGUGCUCAUUGAAAAAGUUUUGCCUCUUAACGUUUUACGUCAGCUAUCUGAGGAAGAGAUGAGGCAGUAUCGGCGCCCUUUCCUUCAGUUGGAAUUACGUGAACCACUCUGGCGGUUUCCCAAUGAGAUUCCGAUCGAAGGACAUCCUGCUGAUGUGUGGGAAAAGGUCAAUAAAUAUGUGGAUUGGCUAUUGUAUACUGAUAUUCAGAAGCUCUGCUUUUGGGCUGAACCCGCGGUUAUUAUUACAAAGGAGACUGUGGAGAAUCUUAUCAAGAAGCUACCAAACACAAAAAUUGUGUAUCUCGGGCAUGGUCUCCAUUAUUUCCAGGAGGAUUAUCCACAUACCAUCGGUCGUGAAAUUGCGCUGUGGCUACCAAAACAGAAGUGA